GGGUCCCGUAUUAUAAAACAGUUACCGUAGCGGUAAGUGCUCAUUUGAGCGGUAAGUCUCAAAAGCAGCGGUAACUUUAAGAUAAACGGUAAAUAUCCGUUGCAUAAAAACUUACCGCUGGACUUGAGCGGUAAGUCUAUAAAGAUCAGCGGUAAGUCUAUAAAGAUCAGCGGUAACAUUACCGCUACCCUCUGAGCUUGCGGUAACACUACCGUAACUAUGGCUGCGAUACUGGCUGUCUUGCAGCGUCGUGGAUAUGAAAGGGCGAGGAGGAGGGAGCGGAUCUUCAGAGAUCGCAGCCAGCCGUUGGAGUUGGGGGAUGGUGACAUUUUCCGGAAGUACCGGUUUACUAGGGAUGGUUGUAUGCAUGUUAUCAAUUUGAUUCGGCCCCUGUUGCAGCACGACACCCAACGGAAUCAGGCACUUCCCCCAGAGCUGCAAGUUUUCAUAGCUUUGAAUUUUUAUGCAACGGGGGCAGUGCUUGAUUCCACGGCCACGAUUCAUGGCAUCACCCGCUCAACAGCAUCCAGGGUAAUUCACCGUGUGUCAGUGACCCUCGGCACACUGAAACAUGAGAUAAUCAAGUUUCCAACGACAAUGGAAGAAGUCAACAGAGCCCAAGUGGAUUUCUUCAACAUAUCAGGCUUUCCCCAGGUCAUAGGAGUGGUCGACGGAACACACAUUAGACUAAAUGGAGCUCCCUUGGGCCCUGGUGAGCACGUCUAUAUGAACAGAAAAGGAUAUUACUCCAUCAACACCCAAAUAAUUUGUGAUACCAAUUACAAGAUCAUAAACAUUUUGGCACGCUGGCCAGGCAGCACUCACGACAGCAGGAUAUUUCAGAACAGCAGAGUUGGACAGACUUUUGAAGAUCUACAACAGCAUGGUCUACUUCUUGGAGAUUCGGGUUACGCUUUAAGACCAUACCUGAUGACACCAGUGCUAAAUCCAAGGACUCCUGCAGAACAGGCUUACAAUAGAGCACAUGCUACCACGAGAGUGAGAAUCGAACAAGUCAACGGCCAACUAAAGCACAAAUUCAGGUGCUUACUGAAUGGUAUGCAAAUGGCACCCAGAAGAGCGUGCAAGAUCAUCACUGCAUGCGCCGUAUUGCACAAUGUGGCUAAAGAUUUGAAGCAGCCUGAUGAAGUAGACUUUGGUAUUGAACAACAUGAACACGAACCAGACAGGGACGACCACAUUGUAGACAACGGCUUAGCCAUCAGAAACACUAUUAUUGCCAAUUAUUUCCACUAGAUUUUUAUGAUGAAGACUUCUAUAUACUGUAACCAAGAAUCUUUUUCAACAUUCACUGUCACUGACCUUAUUGUUUAUCUAUAUUUUAUAUCAUUCAAACAUACUUAUUUUUAGGGUGGACUUCCCCUGCUUUAAAACACCAUUUUGGGUCAUCUAUAAGUUGACACAUUAAUUCUUUUUAUUACUGCACUAUUUAGUUGUGACAAUAUUGUUGAAGUAUACUUGUACUAUAUAACUCAAGUGGUAGUAAUCUUCUGUUUGCAUUGAGAAUCUUAAUCAAUUCAGUACUGCAUUCAACCGGGGGGGGGGGGGGGAUUAAUUGCUAAGGUAGCACCAAGCCAAAAUUCAAAUUUCACGGAAUCGCCGGGCUAGGGCAUGUUCUGCUGACCUGCCAAUAGUCAUAUUGUUUUAUAAAUUUGUAUAUGAAUGUGACAUCAUAUUCAAGGCCCUCUUUCAAUGAAGUGUGUAAGAUAUCCUUUAG